GGCGACCGUUUGCGAUCUCCGUGCCCGGGAUGGAGCAGCUGGGUGACUUGGAGCUGCUGAUGGAGGAGACUUUCGGGGAGGAGGCUGAGCCGCCGGCAGAGCUAUUUCAGAAGGCGGAAGCUUCCUCUUCUAAAACAGUCCUGAUCCGAGGAGUGGAUAACCGGUACCUGGUAUUAGCAGUCAAUGUUGUGCAGAAUGAAGAAGGAAACCACGAAAAGCAUCUAAUCAUCACUGCUUCCCAGUCGCUAGACUGUAAAGAAUUGUGCAUACUUAGGAAUGACUGGUGCUCUGUACCAGUGGAGCCAGGGGACAUCAUUCACCUGGAGGGAGACUGCACGUCUGACACUUGGAUAAUAGAUGAAGAUUUUGGAUAUUUGAUCCUGUACCCAGACAUGCUGAUUUCUGGCACAAGCGUAGCCAGUAGUAUUCGAUGUCUGAGAAGAGCUGUCCUGAGUGAAACUUUCAGGGGCUCUGAUCCAGCCACACGCCAAAUGCUGAUUGGUACGGUUCUCCAUGAAGUAUUUCAGAAAGCAAUAAGUGAUAGCUUUGCCCCAGAAAAGCUACAAGAACUUGCUUUUCAAACUGUUCAAGAGAUAAGGCAUCUGAAAGAAAUGUACCGCUUAAAUUUGAAUCAAGAUGAAGUAAAACAAGAAGUAGAAGAGUAUCUUCCUUCAUUUUCUAAGUGGGCUGGAGAUUUCAUGCAGAAAUACACUUCAACCGACUUCCCGCAGAUGCAGCUCUCUUUGCCAAGUGAUGGUAGUAACAAUAAUGCAGCAUGUAAUAUUGAAGUCAUAAAGUCAUUGGAUAUUGAAGAAAGCAUUUGGUCCCCUAGGUUUGGAUUAAAGGGCAAGAUAGAUGUUACAGUUGGUGUGAAAAUUCACCGAGGAUGUAAAACAAAAUAUAAAAUAAUGCCAUUGGAACUUAAAACUGGAAAAGAAUCAAAUUCUAUUGAACACCGUAGUCAGCUGGUUCUGUAUACACUGCUAAGUCAAGAGAGAAGAGCUGAUCCGGAGGCUGGCCUGCUCCUCUACCUCAAGACCGGCCAGAUGUACCCUGUGCCUGCCAAACAUCUUGAUAAAAGAGAAUUAUUAAAACUAAGAAACCAGAUGGCAUUCUCCUUGUCUCACCGUAUUAGCAAACCUGCUACUGGAAAGGAGAAGACAGAGCUUACUCCUUUGCCACAAAUAAUCGAGGACCAGCAAACCUGUAAAUAUUGUUCACAAGUGGGUAACUGUGCUCUUUAUAGCAGAGCAGUCGAACAGCAGAUGGAUGGCAGCUCAGUCCCGACUGGCAUGCUGGCCAAAAUAAAAGAGGAAACCCAGCACCUCAAGGUCACACACUUGGAGUAUUUCAGCCUGUGGUGUCUAAUGUUAACUCUGGAGUCAAAAUCAAAGGAUAAUAAAAAAAAUAACCAAAAUAUAUGGUUGAUGUCUUCAUCAGAAAUGGAGCAAAGUGGCAACUGCAUUGGAAACCUGAUUAGAACAGAACAUGUAAAGACACUUUGUGACGGACAGUAUUUACAUAAUUUCCAACGUAAAAAUGGUGCCAUGCCUGUCACAAACCUAAUGGCAGGUGACAGGAUUAUUUUAAGUGGAGAAGAGAGAACACUAUUUGCUUUGUCUAGGGGAUACGUGAAAGAGAUUACCGUGACAACGGUAACCUGCUUAUUAGACAGGAACUUGUCAGUACUCCCAGAAUCAACUUUGUUCAGAUUGGACCAGGAAGAAAAAAAUUGUGAUAUAGAUACCCCAUUAGGAAAUCUUUCUAAAUUGAUGAAAAAUACUGAUGCCAGCCAAAAACUUCGAGAUUUAAUCAUUGACUUUCGUGAACCUCAGUUUAUUUCCUACCUCAGUUCCAUUCUUCCACAUGAUGCAAAGGACACAGUUGCCUCUAUUCUAAAAGGUUUGAAUAAACCUCAGAGGCAAGCAAUGAAAAAGGUACUUCUUUCCAAAGACUACACGCUCAUCGUGGGCAUGCCUGGAACAGGAAAGACCACUACAAUAUGUACUCUUGUAAGAAUUCUGUAUGCCUGUGGUUUUAGUGUUUUGUUGACCAGUUAUACGCAUUCUGCUGUUGACAAUAUUCUUUUGAAGUUAGCGAAGUUUAAAAUAGGAUUUUUGCGCUUGGGUCAGACUCAGAAGGUACAUCCAGAUAUCCAGAAAUUUACAGAGGAGGAAAUUUGCAGAUCAAAGUCCAUUAAAUCCUUAGCGCUUCUAGAAGAACUCUACAAUAGCCAUCUUAUAGUUGCAACAACAUGUAUGGGAAUAAACCAUCCAAUAUUUUCUCGUAAAGUUUUUGAUUUUUGUAUUGUGGAUGAAGCCUCUCAAAUUAGCCAACCAGUUUGCCUGGGGCCACUUUUCUUUUCACGGAGAUUUGUGUUGGUGGGGGAUCAUCAGCAGCUUCCUCCCCUGGUGCUCAACCGUGAGGCAAGAGCUCUUGGCAUGAGUGAAAGCUUGUUCAAGAGGCUGGAGCGGAAUAAAAAUGCUGUCGUUCAGUUAACUGUGCAGUACAGAAUGAACAGUAAAAUUAUGUCCUUAAGUAAUAAGCUGACAUAUGAGGGAAAGCUGGAAUGUGGAUCUGACAAAGUGGCCAGUGCGGUGAUAAACCUGCCUAACUUUAAAGACGUGAAGCUGGAGCUGGAAUUUUAUGCUGACUAUUCUGAAAAUCCUUGGCUGAUUGGAGCAUUUGAACCAAACAAUCCUGUUUGUUUUCUUAAUACAGACCAGGUUCCAGCACCAGAACAAGUUGAAAAGAGUGGUGUGAGCAAUAUAACAGAAGCCAAACUCAUAGUUUUCCUGACCUCAAUUUUUAUUAAGGCUGGAUGUAAUCCCUCUGAUAUUGGUAUCAUUGCACCAUACAGGCAGCAGUUAAAGAUCAUCAAUGAUUUAUUGGCACAUUCUUCUGUUGGGAUGGUUGAAGUUAACACAGUAGAUAAAUACCAAGGAAGAGACAAAAGUAUCAUUCUAGUAUCGUUUGUUAGAAGUAAUAAAGAUGGAACUCUCGGUGAACUCUUGAAAGAUUGGCGACGUCUUAAUGUUGCUAUAACCAGAGCCAAACAUAAGCUGAUUCUCCUGGGAUGUGUGUCCUCACUAAACCGCUAUCCGCCUCUGGGGAAGCUACUUUGUCAUCUCAACUCAGAAAAAUUAAUCACUGAUCUUCCAUCAGGAGAACAUGAAAGUCUUUGUUAUAUAUUGGGUGAUUUUCAGAAAUGAUGAAGCACUGUUUUCCUUGCAUUUUUCAUACGAGCAUAGUGAUCUCUAGCAAUUGCCUAUUGUUAGUAAUUUGGGCAUGUUGUAACAUCAGUGCCUGGUUAGGUGGUGGAGAUAACUUUUAUCCCGAGGUAUGAAAUGAUGUAAAUGUACUUUGUUCAAAGUGCCAGGGUUCUUUGUUUUGUUUUUGUAUAAUGUUGUUAAACAUAACGUUGUAUUACCACAUUUAGCACUAUUUAUUUUUUCAGUAUAGGUGUACUCAAAACUGUGAAAAGUCUAAAUUUAUAGUACUAUGUAUGUAUUUUUGUGUGACCUACAAAGAAUCUGCUGCCUGAGCCAUUUGGCUCAGUGGAUAGAACAGCAGCCUGUGGACUGAAGGGUCCUGGGUUUGGUCAAGGGCAC